AUGGGCACACUAUUAACCGGCCUCGUAGCGGCCGUUUUAGUAAGCCAAAUCAGCGCCGUGGCUGUGAAUCAAUGCAACUUGGGUAACAAGUUGUACAGUAUUGAAAAUGGCGGGGUAAGUCAUCAUUUUCUCUUUAUAUUCUUCUAUAUAUUAAGUUGUUCAGUUAAUUCUGCGCCCUUUUUAAGCGAAUUUCUAAAGUUGUAGGGCGCAGAAUUAAGUGAACUACCUAAUAUUAGACCUUUAACCUUUAUAAUUUUAGCACGAUAUUUUUUUCAAUUUAAAAAAAAUUUUGAUAUUGGAGACUAAAACCAAUUUUAAAUACAAAAAACAUCAUUUUCUCCCAUUCCAGACAGUAUGUGCCCCACUCGCCCCAUACCAAUGUAUCACAAGUUGCCAAUGGAACACCAGCUGCUCUCACACCGCACAUUCGUUGGCUUUCCAAGGCCGACGUACCUUUGUCGCUGGAAUGAUCCUAACGCCAGAGAACUUCCUACUUCUCUGCUGUGCUUCAUUCGCCAAUGUGGUUCAACAAAGUGAGUUUAUGAACCUGGCAGAAGUUAUUUUUUCGUAUUUUACACAAAAAAUGUUAACUUUUUUUCAUAAAGAUACUGUAUUCAUAAGAAAAUAGGUUUAACAUGAAAUUCGUAGUUAAACUUUUUGUAAGCAAAAUCUUUCGUUGCGGGACCUAAGCUGGGCCUAAAGCCUUGGUUUGGGCCGGCCCUGGGGUCCAAAGGCAACCAUAACGUUUUAAAAUUCCAGAUCAACGCCUAGAAAACCGUUGUGUAUGGGUGCCACCAAUACAGACGAUCGAGAACGGGCCUAGCAUUCGAUUCGACCCCUUUGAGCCAAAAUGA